AUGUGGGCUGCGGCCUGGCAGCUGGACUUCUUUCGCUGCAGGAGGGAGCUAAGCCACCUGGCGGUGGAAGAGGCAUCAGCGAGAGUUGGGUUCACCCUCUCUCCACGGAUACCUGGGGCCAUGAGAGUCUUUCUCUUAAUUGUUGCUGUCCUCGUUCUUGCUCAGAUCUUCUCAGCCAGGGGAGGAUCUCAAAGGCAUAUCCGUUGUGCAAAGAUGGCUGGUCGCUGUGAGAUCGAAUGCCUUUCCUUUGAAGAUAAGAUUGGGGCCUGCAGAGCUGAGCUAACUCCUUUUUGCUGCAAAAAGAGGAAAAGGAAUUGA